CAGCCUUACGCCGAUAAAACAUGCCAGUGACGAUAUGGCGGCCCAACACUUCAGUGCAUGCGAGCAUGUCGCUGAAGUAGCCAAGGAAGUGUAUGCUCUGGUCAUGGAAUGCGGUAUCCGCCAGCGACAACGGCUUGCGGGGGAAGUUGGGACGAGGCUGGGGCAAAUUGCUCAAGAAUCUUUCGCUGGCUACGAGCUUGACGGUGCAGCUGAAGAGGCAGCUGCAACGCUGUUACAUACACUCCUUGAGAUCUGCAUGUUCCCGAAUCCAGCCGGGAGCCACAUAGUUCCAAGACAGGAUUAUAUGCAGAUCGUGAUGCUGGCAAGACCAGAUAACAGGUCAAGAUUGAAGAAAUGCAUAUCCAUGGCCUUUAUCACCGACAAGACCCUCCCGGUCAAAGCUAAGGAGCAGUGCGAUGCGUUCUUGGCCAAACUAAGCCAAGAUGAGCCAAAGAAAAAGACUGGCCUGGAGCAGCUCACAACAGGCUCGGCAUUGCCUGAACCAGACGACUAUCCUCGCCAUGUCAGCAAGAAUCUCUUCGAGACCCUUCACCAGCACGCAUUUUGUCACCAUGCCGAAAUGGCGCAGCAAAAGUCUUGGCUGAGCAAAUCCAAGAUGGCAAAGCCUCAUCAUCAUAAACUGGCUCAUCCGAUCAGACUACACCUUGAUGCAAAACCACAUAUACAGAGCAAGCAUGCACAGUUCGAGGUUGUGAUUUCCUCAGAUAAUAUGGCUUACUGGCAGCAUUUAUGGCUGGGUAUUCCUAUGCAAACCAAAGGUCGCCGAGGUGGUGUCAAAUUCGCAAAUGUCUCUAGUGACGAAGAGGAAGACGGCAAGAUCUCUGGCCUGAAACGCAUCAAUUCAGACUACUUCUGCCAAGUUUUAAAACACCAGCUAUUUGCCAAAAUCAAUCUCAACUUUGUCAAAGGUAUUGGACUCGUAUCACUACCACCACCUGCUCCUCUUGAGAGAUUCCUAUGCCCAGGCCAAGGACUUCCUCUUUCUCUGGUCAUCCAAAGCUAUAAGCUCACUGACAAAGACAAGAUCUUACUCGCUCAUGCUAUUGCACAUUCAUUCUGGCAGUUCUACGAAUCAGACUUGAUGAGGAAUUGCUGGACAAGCGAUGACAUCUGGUUUAUGCACGAAAUGGAUCAUCAGCAUUUGCCUAAAGAUCAACUUGCACUGCGGGUCUAUAUGCCACUUGAUUUCGAACAUCAACAGAGAAACUCAGAAGACGAAGACAAGUCAAUGUUGACGCACCCGUUCCCGCAUAUCCUUGGUCUGGGACUUAUACUCUUACAAGUUGGGCUCUCGAGACCCUUCAAGUCAAUGACGCAUUUACCGUUCAUUUCUCGACUGAACAGAGACCAUGGUGCAGCCAGACAAUUACUGGGAGAGUUAGAAAAGGCUAAUUGGGCGCGAUCGACACACCGGGAUAUCUUUGCAAGAGCUGUUGCGAAUUGCCUAGAUCCCAGAACAUUCACCGUUUCUACCCCGAAAGCCAAGACAACCAAGAGUCCCAUAAAGGAUGCCCUUGUUAUUGGCGCGGACGAAGAUGGGAUAAGGCGUAAAGUCUAUACCGAAAUCGUCGAACCGCUAUCGAAGCUCGUCAACAUCGCUUUUAAAACCGAUGCAAAAUACGUAUCCUACUUGGCGAAAUGCAAAGAGGUCGCAACUCACAACAAACUUCACUCUCAAGUCGCCUCGUUCCAUACAGGCAAAACGAUCGUUCCUGAAGAAUGGCUGGACAACUUGAAACACAUCAGCAUGCACAUCAUGGAUCUGCGAGACGAAAAGCCGGACCAUGAGUUCAAGCCUGUCAAGAUAGCGGUACUAGAUACAGGAUGCGAUGCAGAGUUGCCAUUUUACAAGAUACCAAGGAGGAAGAAGUCUAUCAAAGCGUGGAAAGACUUUACAAUUGAUGAGGGCGAUGGUACAGGUAAAUCAGACUGUAUGGAAGACCUCUAUGGUCAUGGAAGCCUGAUGAUCCGCUUGAUCAUGGAAGCUGCUCCGCUAGCUCAUAUUUAUGUGGCUAGAGUUGCGAAAAACACUGACGAGCUCGAGUAUAGCAGUGAUCAAAUUGCUCAUGCAAUCCGAUGGGCUGGACUCGAAGUGGAUGCAGAUAUCAUCUCCAUGUCCUUUGGCUUUCCCCACGACGAUGACACCAUCUCUGCCGCUAUAGAAGACGUUGAGCGAAGUCGAAAUAUCAUAUUCUUGGCGAGUGCGGGUAAUAACGCAGCUUAUCAGAGAGAGGCCUUUCCCGCGAGACAUCGAUCCGUCAUCUCCAUAAGAGCAACAGAUUGCCAGGGUACCUUCAAUGCAAGCAACCCACCAAUAACUGACAGAAAUAGUACAGCUCUCGGCACGUUCGGUGAUAACUUACCAACACGUCUCAACGACGAGAUUACAAAACGCUUUGGUUCAUAUAUAUGUCACCCUGGAUCAUCAAUAGCGACGGCGGUGGCUGCUGGUAUUGCAGCUUCGACGAUAGCUUACGCUGAGGUACUCUCCACAGUCCUCCCAAUACCAACAGAGCAAAGUCCAGUAAAGUGUAUAAAGAGAACUGAGGGGAUGAGAAGGUUGUUGGAAAAGAUGGCACCAGAUCAGACAGGACAUAACAGGUUUAUAAAUCCAAUAUGGUUCUGGAGUGAGAAGGCAGAUGCAUGGAGGGCGUGGGCUGCUAUGUACGAUGCAGUAUCACCAUUUAUGUACCGAUAAAAUUUCAAAACAAGAAUUUCUCGCA